AUGCCCUCCUCUUCGCUCGAUAUGACUUCCAAACUAGCGCUCGACUUCCUCGACGAUUCAAAUCUCACGUACUUUAUACCCCUUAAGAGCGACUUUGGUGUCGAAGAGGCUUUUAGAGAUGGUAUAGAAAGUGACGGGGAACCGUUCGACUCAGUAGAAUGGCGGGAGUCACUUUUCUUCGAUGAAUCUGCCGACCUAUACCUCGUCCUCAAAAGCCCUUAUGCCGAAGAAGAUACCUUGCGGUCUUCCCUACGAAAUAUAGUCAUAUCCGUAGAAGCGCAAAUCGUUAAUGGGAAUACUCCGGACCGCGAUGGUCAACUAGCUUCCGAAGUUAUUUCUACCGAAACAGUAGGGACGGAAGAGGAUCCUACUAUAUUAUUUAGUUUUUCGGAAGAAAACGAUUCCAACAACGAUGACGACCGGCAGCAAUAUGCUUAUGCGGUGUGGAAACACCCGGUAUUCCUUAGUCGGCCUAGGAUGCGGCUACAAAGUCCCUCGGUUGUUUUUGCUGCGACGGCAAGCCUAAAACCAGCAGUCUCGUCCAUAUCAGAUGGACCACGUGAUGGGUAUCUUCCAAGCGGCGUGGCAUCGGGACUCAACCUCCUUGAGUCAUUCGGGAAUGACCCUGCUAUGAACGGGGUGAAACCUCGUCUAUCAGCACUCCGAGUAUCUCGUGUUGCGCCGGUCACCCAGCAAGACAAGGAUCUACUACGGCCUAUCAAGUCUUUGUCCAAGCUCUCUUUGCGCAUAUUCCCCGCGGCGCACUCGCGCAUGCGAUUCACGCAUCUCAACACUACACCUUCGUCGGCAACGGUCCUAGCUAUGCUUGAGGUCGAUUUUACUCCUUUCUUCGACUGUGAGAUAAUCCUUGACAAGAUAUCAAUAUCAGUCGUAGGAGGCAUAGUAGAGGACCUCACGAACAAGUCUGGGAUGGCACUUCCAGUUUCUUGUGUGGCUCAUGAUCAUAUUACCUUUUUAUAUCGCAUUUCACCAGAUGAAGCAGAUGUGAUAUCAAAGAAUCCCAUACGAGAUCUCAAUAUCGCCAUCUCAGGGACAGCUUUAGUGGAUCCGGAAAUUUGCAAACCUCGCUUGAGUAUGGCUUGGACCGCGACCAUUGAUUUUACAAUCCCCGUGAACCCAGGUUAUGGUUCUACCAUGCAACCUAUUCAACGCAUGCACCGCCCAAGCCAACUUUCAAUUGGAGGUGAAAGUACAAUUUCAUUAACGGCACCAUCCGUUGCACGACCGGAUUCACUACCUUCCCUCGAAGCCGCAACGCGAGCAGAGUCUACCGUACCUGAUAUCGGCAUAACUAUGACUUUCACUCCUCCGUCCCCAAAUCAAGAGAUUUUCCCUGGCGAUGAGUUUACCUGGAAUGUAUUUGUUGUUAACAGGUCUCUGGUGCCAUCAGCCGUAGCAAGAAAAUUAGCGAUACUGGUGAUUCCGAAACGGAGGCGUAACGAAUCACGGGUUAACCGCCCCCCUUCGGUUUCUCGGUUACCCGAAUUUUCACUCGGACAACCCCAACAACACAAGAUCUUAAAGGAUCGGAGUGUUGCUGAUGCCAUUCUAGACGAAAACGUCGUCCACGCUAUGCAACACAGUAGCGUCAUAGACAGUGCUGAGAUAUUAUGUCUUAGUGCCGAUGUAAGGGUUGGUCCACUAGCACCCGGAGCAUGCCACGUUGCUGAACUCAAGUUUCUGGCCCUCAAAGAGGGCAUUGUAAGCGUGGAAGCCGUAAGAGUAGUUGAUCUUGGCAACAAUGAGCAUGUAGAUAUUAGGGAGCUACCAACUGUUAUUGUUAAGAGCAGGCAUGAAAGGUGA